GCCGUAAGUCAACAGAGGGCGUUAACAUGGGCAUGUUCAUCCUGAUUGUGAGCGGCAACCUGCCCUAUAGCAGCAGCAUAAUAAUGAAGUCCACGGAGGAGGUGUUUAUACUCCAACACUUACCCUGGAUAGUAGGAAGCUAUGGCAUGAUUCUCAUUGAUAUCAUUACAUUCUCUCAGUUUUACUAUUACCGUGGCAACAAGGCAAUACACCUGGAUGAAAACACUGAGGAUUAUGAGAAUGAAUCAGAGAAACCUUUAUUGGAUGAAGAUGAGCAUAGUGUGGAAUACUGAUAUUAUUAUGGUGCUAAAAGUUUUGGUUUUAGGUCUUAGAAGUAUGAAAUUAGCAGUAUUUCAUCAAAAGAAAAACAUGGACUGGAAAUUUAAAAUUGUACUCAUUGCUUUAUUAAUCUUUAUGUACAGCUGCCAUAUAAUUGUGAUAUUCAAACCUUUUAUUAGAUUAAUUUCUUUUCAUUCAUUUAUAUGAUAAAGUAGGGUUUAAUGUAAAUGAUGCUGAAAUCUGGCUAAAAGGUGUUUAAGAGACAAUGAUCAUAAUUCUAGACUGAAAGCUGUUUAUUUUUCUGAAGCACUUUAAAAUGUCAUACAAACUGGGUGUUUUAGAGUCAUUAAAAUUAUGUAUGACUGAUGCUUUACAUCCCAGUGGAGCUCUAUUUCUCAUUGAAUUUGAACAAAAUUAGAUGAUAUUAGUGAUAAACAGGCAUUCGUAACUUAGGUGGUUUUAAUGUUUGACAUUCCAUUCUACUAUGCACGAAUGCAAAAGCUAAUUAAAAAAAAAUUUUUUUUUGGGGGGGGGGUGCAGAGAAUGUUAUGUAUGGUAGUCAAGUUGAUAUUCUAUUAAACUUGAAAAAUAUUUGUGUUCAGAAAACCGCAAACACUGUCAAUCCUUUUUUUUCAAAGAUUUCUCCCUUAGUUCAACUACAAAUAGUUUAUUAUGGGAAAGGAAAUCUUUGCUAUACAGCAGUGAACUGCCUUAAAUUAUUGGAAUGAGCAUGAUAUUCAUAGACCUAUGGUAAAUACUUCCAGAAUUCAAACAAAAUGGACAUUUUUUCCAAAAAGUUGUUUUUUAAAUAAUACUCCAAUACACAGAUUCCUCCAUGUUUCUUGGAUUCCAGUUAGAGUAUACUUUUUGUGGGCAGUUAAAAAAAUGGAGUAAAUAAUUGUUUGAAUUUAAGAAGUUAUUACUAUGCCUUUGAUAUUGUACCUUUUCAGAACAAACAAACAAACAACAUAGUGCAAUAACAAUUUAUUUCAGUCGGAGGGGGCUGGAAAAAAGGCAUGUUUAUAAAAUAAUUUUAUUUUUUGGUAUAGGUUUACUUACUAUUGGAAAAAGAAAGAGAUAAAACAGAAAGCAUUUCAAGUUCAAAAAGUUAUUUUUUAAGUCCUGUUUAUUCUUAUGGUAAAAUCUGAAGGUGCUUGCUUGUGUUCACUGUAACUGUGUUAAAAAUAUUGAAUACUAUUUUAAUGGGGAACAUUUUAGGUGGCCUAAAAUGAGGAAAAGUAGGGGAAAAAAGAAUUUGUCAGGCAAUACAAUGUAGGUGGAGAACCAAGGGCAGCUGCACUUGAAACUCUUACAAGUAGUAGAAGAUGAAAUAUAAUUUAUACAUAGAUGCCGAUCAUAGUAUUUACUGCUUUAAAAAGUUGUAUAUGCUAUGGUUAUGUUGACAAAGUAAUCAACAGUUGACAAAUAAACAAUAGAGUUAUAGUCUAAUCUGGCUGAAAUGUCUUGAUGUAGCAGUAUUUUACCCUCUACCAGGGUGACUGAUAAAUUUUUACAGAUAUUCACAGAUCU